GUGACGGCGCUUGCAAAAGACUCGAACUACUUGCAUCGUAUGUCAUGCCUGUUCUGUUUUAACACCCUCUGUGAAGCAGUUGGCCCUGAGAAUACUGUUAAAGAAUUGCUUCCGGUCGUACAACAGCUAAGUGACGAUCCAGUGCCGAACGUGAGAUUCAAUGUAGCAAAAACUCUUCUCCGUAUCGGACGUGUUAUUGAUCAAGGGGUGGUAAACAGUCAGAUUAAGCCGUUACUGAUGAAGAUGUGCAACGACAGCGAAUUCGACGUACGAUAUUUCGCGGAUGAGACGAGAAUGGCCCUGAGUGUAGCGACAUGA